AUGACGAACGUAAAAUUAAAACUAAUGUUCUUCCUCCUUAACGCACUAUUAUCCGCGGAUUUAGUGCACUCUCGCCCUUACUCUGACUUCAAUUCAACAGAUAUCAUUAUGAACUUUUCUAAUAAUAGUAGUACAUUUAAUAUACCAGUAGAUUCUAAUUCUGACACGCUUAUAGUUGCGAAUGAGAGUGAAGAAGAAACAGCUGAAGAGACAGCAGAAGAGACAAAUAAGAGUUCCAAUACUCAAAUGGAGGCUAUCGUCAACGCAGAACAGGAUAGGGACGAAGCGUUUUCCGAAAAUAAUAAUCAAGACCAAGUUAGUAUGUUUGAAAUACCAAAGAAUGAAGCGGAGGCGUUCGAAAAACAAUUUAACAUAUCAAGUCCUUUGUUAGAUGAAAUGAUAGAUUCAGAAUCCGACAGAGAAGAAACGUUAACAGACAUACUUUUUAGACCUAAUUCUGAGUUUGUGCAAGACAUGCCUAGAUUUGAGUUUUUGAUAGCCGCUAAGAUUAACGGCAGUGAUGAUAACGAUACAGUUAAAGAUGUAACUUAUAGUAAUAAUAAUUUAGCUAAAAGAAAUCGUAACGCCAGUGAUGUUCUGCGGAAGGUGGACUAUGUUGAAUUAGUUGAAGUAAUAAAGCCUUCGAAUAUGAAUGAGAAUAAGAGCGCGUACAAUUUGGCGAAUAUUACAGCGCACAAUAUAGACAACGAUGUGGCGCCAGACACAAUUGUUUCCAUGUUUUCAGGUUUCACCGACGUGCAGACAUUGUUCCUGGCAUGUUUCGCAACGCUUCUGCCCCUUCUGACCGUGUUGUUCGCUACGCUUCUUGUCAGGUGCAUGUUACGACGGUGGUGUCCGACGUGGUGUACGAAACCAACCGAUUCAUCUGUUUCUGAGAGCAGUGAGAAACAGGAGAACAACCACCAAGAGCUAAAAUCUUCAGACGAAGGUGGUACGGAUGCGGACACGCCACCUGCUAAUGGUUCUAUCUUCACCAUGACCCUUAAGAACAAUCACCUCAUCGUAGAGACGGAGGAGAGAAAUGAUAUCACGAAAAAUGGGCGCGAGACGAAAAUGAAGUACUCUCCUGACAACGAUGGCAUAUUCGUAGUAGAAGUUCAGCAAUCAACCGCUUACAGACCAAGCAAAUCACUUCAGAACUCCCCACCUCACGACCCUCAAAUAUCUACCAAUCAAGCUUUGAUUCACCGUGUCCCCGAAGAGCUGGAAAGAAAGAUUAUUAUUGAGGAGGAUAGCGAACGUAGCAGUGGAAAAUUUGAAAGAAAGGCUUUAGCGCUGUCAAGUACAGGACUAUCAAUAUCUGACCUCAGCAUGUCCUCUAUCGGUUCACAUAAUAUCAGCUACUCGUACAGUAGCCAAAUGGGCUACGACCAAGGUCCAUUUGGCUACCCAGUGUACGCUGGUUACGAUACUUCUAAAGACGAUAUAGCUGAUGCGAUAGUCCACGAUAAUUCUCAAGAACCCCUCAUCGGUAAAACACCUACAGACCCCGACAAACCAGUAGUAACAGCAGCUAUUUUUAAACAAGAUUCCAUAAUUGGUAAUGAAAUGUUGCACGGUCCCGGGUACAGUAUUGAAGGAUCAACCGACGGGCCGUUAUUAUCAGACGUACAAGCUAGAGAGUACAGUAUACAACACUUGCACGAUUUGAGAGAAAAGAAAAUGGAAAACGGCGUUGCUGUACCAAUACCAGAAAAAAUUGAUAAUAAAGUUAAAACUUUUAAUAGAGCCGAAACUUUGCCCCCUACUAUACAAGAUGAGCCUGAAGUUAAAGACGCGGAGAAGAUUAUCGAAGAUCUUUCGAAAGAUACACAAAAAGGUAAGAGAGCAUCAUUACCGGUCAUAACGACGGAUACGUAUGAAGCAGUCAAGGAAGUCAUUCAGUCUGGAUCUCCUAAAUUCGAGAAGCUCACAAAUGAAAUGUCUUCGGAUGUGAGCAGCUUCGACAAUCCUCCCAUGAUCACCAUCACCGAGGAGAGUGAGUCGGCCAAGUCUGAUAGCACCAGUUAAUUCUAUCC